AUGAGUCUACCACCGCCAUUAUCCGCUAAAGACAAGAAUUCAUUUGCAUACGAAACCGUGAAAGAUCGUCUACCGUUGAUUGUUACACGUAUUGUCGAUUUUUUGGCAAGGCAUCGAUCAGAUAUAUUACAUGACUUUGGUGAGGAUGCUGACCGUGAAUGUAAGUCGUGUAUAGGUGCUAUGGACAAAUUACGUUAUGAAAUCGCGCGAGAUAAACCUAUUGUGCUGCUGGGUGAUCAAUAUCCCGAUGUUGAAAUUUGGAAUCGAUGUUUGCAAGACAUGAGGAAUAAAGGACAAGCACUAAGUUGGUUUCAAAGUCCGUGGCUUCUUGUUGAAUGUUACAUGUAUCGAUGUAUUAUGCAAGCAUUUUAUCUAACGAAACAUAUGAAUACGACGGAUCCGUUUUAUGAGAUGAAACAACGAAGUUUUUUGGCAUCGGAAAAUGCCGCCCACACUCUUUUAUCACAAUUAGAUAAUGAUUUACAAAUGAAAAAUACAGAAGAAUCAACAUUAAGAGAACAAUUCAGUACUUAUAUGGAGAUAUCGCUAUGGGGUAAUCGAUGUGAUUUAUCAUUAUCAGCUGGUAGUGACUCUAGUCAAAAUCACGAUCCAUUCCAUCAAUUGAGUGAACUCAAACAGUGCCUACUUAUUAAUCAUGAAUCGGAUGUUUAUCAGUAUAUAGUCAAACAACAUAGUGAUGAUUUUAAUCAUGAUAUUUAUUUUGAUUUGAUAUUGGAUAAUGCUGGUUUUGAACUACUCGGCGAUUUGUGUCUCGCUGAUUUUCUAAUCUCGAAACGUUUAUGUUCACGACUGACAUUACAUUUAAAAAUGAUGCCAUGGUUUGUCAGUGAUGCGACCAGACAAGAUCUUGAUUGGUUAUUCAGUCAGUUAGAAAAAUCUCAAAGUGAAAUAUGGCAGAAAACUGUAGAAAGAUGGAAAGAACACGUGAAAAAUGGACAAUGGAUAAUAACGGCACAUCAAUUCUAUACAUUACCAUUUGAUUAUUCUCAAAUGAGAAAAUAUUCGUCCGACUUAUAUACAUCGUUAACAAAUUCACAUUUGUUAAUAUUUAAAGGUGAUCUGAAUUAUCGAAAGUUAGUAGGUGACUUAAAAUGGAAUUUAAAUGAUAAAUUUGACUAUGCUCUACGAGGUUUUCAUCCAACAUCAUUGGUAGUGCUACGAACAUUAAAAUCAGAUGUACAAUUGGAAUUAGAUGAACAAUCAAUAAAUUAUGCUAAAAACUUAGAUUCGAAUUGGAUGGUAACAGGACAGUUUGGUGUUAUACAAUGGUGGAAAAAACCUGACGUCUAA